CACUCAGUGCACCCAGUACAACACAGCCGCUGCCAGAUAGAAGCACCAUAGUCAGACAUCGGCCAGCCUGCCGAUUACUCAAGAAUCAUCACUUACAUGCUGGACACGCCAGUGAUGUCCAGCACAAUGUCCGCUCUACUAAACCACAUCGUUCCCCUCUUUCUUCUUGUUCUUCUUCCCGCCAUCUAUUCCCUCGCUCAUCCUUGGCGCUCCCGGGCACUCUGUCCGCUUUUCUACGCACGCCGCCCCCCGACUUGCCUGUCGUUCCCGCGUCGUGGGCGCUAUGCUCAACAUAUGAUCAAAUGCAAUACAUUCCGAAUCUGUGAAUCGCGCAUCGCCGCGGGCUCUGCACCUCCUCCGCCUUUCUCCUUCUCGGUUCGUGCAUCGUCGGUCUUGCCUGGCUCUGCGAAACAAUCACUCUUUCCCUCUCGUUCUUUCUCUCGCUCGUGGUGCACCCAUUCCUCAGCUGUGGCGCCAGCUCCAAGAAGAAACAUGCCCGAAGAUCGCAGGACUCGUCGAUGGCGUUUGUGGCGGCGGAUAUCUAGGAACGAUGCAGCCGAGUCUCCGCUCCCGCCGGGUCAAGAAUGGUCCCGAUCGGCGCCCCAACGGCGACUGAUUCCCUGCUCUGGCCCAAGGCAGACGGCGCAAACGCCUCUUGCUUCCUCCUCCCUCCAUUUCUCGGCCCCCUCCCCUCGAAGAGUGUAAAUCAUGUACCAUAUCGCUUUGGAUGAAUUGCUGCUUGCGUUGUCAUUUUUGGUGUUGUUUUGGAUGGGGUUGUAAUUAGCACUAUCUUGUAGCUCUGGCGUAUGGGGUCUUCGUAAUGGCGUCGAUAUAAUUUUGGCCUGUUCCAGUGUUA